AUGCAUGUCCUUCUUUCAUAUGCCACAGUCAGACCUAGGAAAUUCCCUGGGAAGUCCCCUCUACCACAGUACUUGCAGUUUCUCCAUUUGACUAUGAUUCUGUUGGAUCUUGGGAGAUUGAUCUUCAGGAAGCUGUUAUCACAAAACAGCUCUUCCUGGAGUGAAGAGAGAGCAUGGUACCUGGGAAGACAAAGGGAGUGGACUGGGACACGGGAAUCUGGUUCCCAUUUUAGUUCUACAACUAGCAGCCUGGUGGGUUUAGGAGAAGCCUGCCAUUUCCCUGGCCUCAGUGGUUUCAUCUGUAAAUUGGAACAGCCUGGAGAUGAUAAAAGUGAAAGCAUCCAUCACCAUGCCUGGAAGUGCCCAAGAAAUGAUUCUUUCCUGCCUGCUGACUUCCAUUUUCCAUCUGUAAGAGCAAAGAGGAAAAGAGGCACAGGAAUUCCCAGGCAAGAAAUACAGAUAGUAAAAGCUGUUGCAUGGAGCUCCUGGAAGGCUGGUGAGCAGCAAAUGGAUAAGAGAAGCUAUUCACAUCUUCCAAACUCUGAGACAAGACAUCCUGGGACAAAUCACUGUAAGGACUGCAGCCAGUUAUGGCAGAAGGUCCCGUAUCACUGA